CUCCUCCUCCUCUGUGCUCCUGUCUGACAGCUCCAGAUGUUCUCCUCUCUCCUCUCAGUGAUCAGACUCUACCUGGUCGGGUUUAAGGUUCUGCUGCUGCAGCUGUUCAGCAGACCGCUCGGGUUGCCAGUGAUGCCCAGACAAGAUGGCAGGGUUGCCAUAGUGACAGGAGGAGGCAGGGGGAUCGGCUAUGAGGUGGUCCGCCACAUGGCCGGGCUGGGGGCGCACGUUAUCAUAGGUGGGAGGGAUGAGCAGGAAGGUCUGGCUGCCGUCAGGAGGAUCUGUGAAGAGCACAAAGAGGCCAAAGUGGAGUUCACCAAACUGGACCUGGCGUCUCUGCAGUCCGUCCGUCAGUUUGUCCAGAGCUUCAAGCAGCGGGAGCUGCCGCUACACAUCCUGGUCAAUAAUGCUGGUGUCAUGCUGGUCCCUGAAGGCAGCACGGUGGAUGGGUUUGAGCAGCACUUUGGUGUGAACUACCUCGGCCACUUCCUGUUGACCUGGCUGCUCCUGGACACACUGAAGGAUUCUGGGAAAUGUGGUCACUUCUCCCGUGUGGUCAACGUCUCGUCCUCGGCCCACCGCGUCGGAGAGAUCAGACUGGAUGACUUAAACAGCCGCCGGAGUUAUUCAGCCCACGCUGCUUAUUGUGACAGUAAACUGGCUCAGCUGGUGUUCAGCUCCCACCUCCACCAGGAGCUGCAGCGAGGACGCUUCCCUCUCACUUCCUGUUCUGUGGAUCCUGGCAUGGUGGACACGGCUCUCUACCGCCACCUGUGGACGCCACUCGGCCUGCUGCAGGGCGCCAUCGCUCGCCUGCUCUUCAGGACUCCUGCAGAGGGCGCUGCCACUGUGCUGUUCGCCGCUCUGUCUCCGGCCCUGGAGGGGGAUUGUGGCGGAGGCUACUGGGCCAAUGGGCGCAGGGAGAUGACAACACCUCCGACCUUUGACCCCCAGCUACAGCUGAACCUAUGGGAAACCAGCGUCCAGCUGCUGGGGCUGCAGUAGCCCGGGACCAGAGAUCCACUCACUGGACUAAACCUGGAAGAAAACAUCAAAUAGAGACCCUCGACGUGGGCCGACCUGCCACCUUCUCCCCUUUUUGUCAGUAUUUUUUCUCCUCACAUGGAGCCGUUGGUAGCGAAUUAUGUUGACAAUGUGACAAUCCACCGCUGGACUGUGAUUGGUUCUUAGGGAAGUGAAGACAUCUUUUUUGUUAAAGAAGGGCUACAGAGAAAGGAAGACAUUUUUUAAGUUGUUUUUUUUGUUGCAAUAAAACAAUAUCAGUUGUCAUCCAUCUGAUAUGACACAUAGAUAUGAUUAAAGUUUAUUCCCUGAACAUAUAAACAGAUGUCUGGCCAGAGAAAUAGUUUCACAGUGUCAUUUAAAAAAAAAAAAACCUGCAAUAACACCUGCCUCACUCUGCCUUAAUGUCAUUAGUGUGGCUUACAGUGAACUAAACGCUGUUUCAGAGUUUAUUCCGUCAGAAAAAUAAAGAUAUCAGCAAACAUUAAGAUGCUUUUCGGGCAAAGUAAUACUUCAAUUCAAAAGCUGAAUUUUACCGUCCAGUCAAGCCCUAACACACACACACACACAUACACACACACAUUCUUGUACUUCUAUCUUUGUGAGGACCCUCAUUAGAACAGUGAAUUCCCUAAAUAGUUUUGGAUUUUUCAUCGGUUUUAGUUUUAAUUUCGUUGUGAACUUUUCUUUUCAAAUCCAGUUAGUUUUAAUGAGUUUUUAGAGUGAGUUUGGUCGUUUAAGUUUAGUAUUUUAUUUUUAUGUAAUGGGGUAUUUGUUGGGUGGGAGAUUAAAAGAGGUCACAGUAAAUUUUGCCUUUAUUUCCUUUGUCUGAUCCAUCUUCAUUAUGUAUGAAAAAAGUUGACAAAGACGAAAACGAAGGACAUUUUCACUAUCAUUUUAGUUAGUUUUAUAAACUUUAACCCUUAAAAAAAGUCGGAAAUCUCAAAAAAGGCUUUAAAGAAGUGAGGACCGGUCGAAAUGUCCUCACUUUGCAAAAAAGUCCUCACUCUGUUGGUUAAAAACGUUGGUCCUCACUAUGUAGGAAGUACAAGAACACACACACACACACACACACACACACACACACAGUCAUGCACCAUGACACUGAUCUGAACUUUCUGAACCCGUCUUGCUGAGUCGGGGGAAUGUGAUGUCAUCAGUUUGCUUUGACGCAUCACAACAGGUCAUCUCAUCGAGCCUCUUGUUUUACUGGGAGCACUUUGUUUUUCGGUACAUUAUUAAUGUGCUUUUACUGCUGAUCGGUGUAUUAUAAGCUGUGUUUUGCGUGAAUUCUGCUUUUCCUCAUGAAGAUGCUGGGAGAACGUUCCCUCUCUCUCUCUCUCUCUCUCUCUGUCAGCAAAAAGACAACAAAAGACGUUCCUCUGGAGA